AUGGCUGCCAUCAUGGAGAGCCAGGUGGAGGAGAUGCGGAAGAUGUUGAGCAAGUUCAAGGUGGCCAACCAAACGCCUCCUGAGGACACAGGCGUCCCGGGGCACGUGGACGUGCUGAUCUUUGGGCCCAGCGGUAGUGGGAAGAGUAGCCUCAUCCGCACCUUCUACAUGGCCCUGCACAAGACCCAGCAGGUGCCUCCGGACUUUGCAGACAGGAUAAUUGUCAAGGACACCCAAAUGAACGAGGGCACCUUGAAGUACGUCUCCGCCGUCAUUAAGCCGGCCAAGCUGGACCACCGUGGCAACAUCAUGUCGUCCUCCAUCCUGUGUCAUGACACUCGUGGCCAGAUCUGGAUGGAUGAGCGUGAGCAGAAACAGAUCGGCUUCAUGAUGGACGGAAAUGUCAGGGACGACGCGAUGGUCCAGCAGCGGAACUACAGAUAUGCCCGGCUCCUCUGGGAGUUCUGGAAGAAAGACACCGAGCUUUUCCCUCCAGAGAUCUUCGCAAAGAACAAGGGCCUGCACACGCAGCCUCAUGCCGUGCUCUUUGUGUUUGACGGUUCCAUGGAGGAGAUUCCAGAUGGCGCAGAGGAGACCCGCUUUUACCGGGAGAUCAUCCAGAUGUGCCGAACGAAGGGGUAUGCCAAUCCUCAGGUCAGGGUCCGGCUCGAGGGACAAGCCAUGUGA